CAUUUAGCACUUUACAAAUUUGCCCCCUCAGCGGUGGGGAUGCCGUUGCUUACCCCACAUCACCCUGUCGGGUCCUCUCUCAAUCUGUAUCGAGGCUCGAUACCUGAAUCCUGUCCACUUGACUGGCAAUGGGAUCAAACAAUAAUCAUAUAUAAGAGACGAGAUCUGAGAUUUCAUCCCCUCACUCGCUACUCUCUCCCUCUCUAUCGGGAUCCAUCAAUGGCGGAUUCGAACGGGAGCGCGGUCGAUACCAAGUCGAGGUUCGUCGAGAUAUACGCCCGCCUCAAAUCGGAGAUCCUCGAGGAUCCCGCCUUGGAUUACACCGACGACUCCCGCCAAUGGAUCGAUCGGAUGCUGGACUAUAAUGUACCUGGAGGAAAGCUAAACCGUGGUAUCUCUGUCGUUGAUAGCUACAAAUUGUUGAAAGAAGGAAGCCAACUCACUGACGAUGAAUUCUUUCUUUCAAGUGUCCUUGGUUGGUGCAUUGAAUGGUUGCAAGCAUACUUUCUCGUAGUCGAUGAUAUCAUGGAUAAUUCCCACACAAGGAGAGGCCAGCCUUGUUGGUUCAGACUUCCUAAGGUUGGCUAG